AUGGCCUACAUUCUUGCUGUCCUCACCGUGUUUGCCGCCAUGGCCGGUGCGACCGUAAACCAAACCGACGACCGCCAGCUCCAAACGGGGUCAUAUUUUUGCUGGAAGUCAACGCACACGCGCGGUGUUGGCGGCGUGCCACUAACAUGCCCCGCCGGAGAAGAGCGCCUGGGUCUACUGUGCUACAACAAGUGUCCAGUGGGCACGACCCGCGUAGGCCUCGACUGCCACUCGAUCUGCCCCGCUGGGUUCGCGGACCAAGGACUGUUUUGUCGCUACAGUGAAUACGGCCGGGGGGUUGGGUACCCGUGGAAGUUUGGCGACUGGCUGGACAACAGCGGCAUGACAAGUGCGAAAACUGGGGGUGGGUUGUGUACCCCAAGUGUGAUUCCGGGCUACACUUCGUUUGGUUGUUGCCUCUGUCGACCAGACAUCCCCGACUGCGAAGCCCUUGGCUUGGGCGGCCGGGUGGACUUGUCGUGUGCCAAGAAAAUCACGAUUGGAACCCCUAAGCUGCCCACGUGCGCUGCCAACGAAGAAUACGAUGCAGGCCUGUGCUACCCCAAGUGUAAGCCCAACUACACGGGUGUCGGCCCGGUGUGCUGGGGUCGACCUCCUCCUUCGUGGGUGCAAUGCGGCAUGGGCGCCGCGAAAACGUCCGUCCAUUGCGGCAUUGUUAUCAAAGACCAACUCGUUUCGGUGGGGAUACUUGCAUUCAACAUCGUCACAGGGUUUGCCGGCAGUGCGGUCAAAGGCGCGGCGGACGCGUCCAGGGUCGCCCAGUUGUCGAAGGCGUGGUUGAAUGCCAUCUCAUCCAGGCCGUGGCUCAAAAAGGCCCUAGAUCUCUACGCGAAAACCAACGGAUUCAGCGUUGGAACACUGACCAUCUAUCAUUCCCAGGAUGCCAACUUCACCACCGAAGACUACGUACGUACCGCAGCCGUCAUCGUGUCCCUCUUUGAGCCCACGGGCGUCGCAUCUGUCGCUGCGGCCUACACGUACCCAACUUGCGACAAAGUUGCAGCCUUCAUACCCGCCAACAAUGAACAAUGA